AUGGAUGCAUUGUUGAAGCUCUACCGGAACGACUCAGUACCCACUUCUCUACCUCCUUGUCUCCGUCUUGAUAACAGCACAAAACACGACCUAAGCGAUGACGAAUCGGUCCAUUUGAAGAUCCUCUUAGAACAUGCGUUCGGCUCCGACAGACGCGUCCAGCCGCCGAUCACGAAGCCCGAUGGAUUAUGCGUCCAGCAUGUAUACAGAAUUUUCAAACGACGUCUUGGUUGCGAUACCAUGAUCACAGUCACCUGCACCGGGCCGGAUGGUUCCCAGUUGUCGUUUGAGUGGGAUGUGCAUCAAGUGUUUUUACAGGCGGGUUCUCGUGUAUUGGAUGAGCACCUUAACCCAGGAGGAAUCACAAACCAAUCGCCCCCAAAUCAAAUCGCAUUAAACUACCAUCCUAUGAUGGUCGACCGCUUAGUAACAUUCUUCUACACCCAGACAUAUCAGCUUGAUGAAGGUGGACUUGCGAACCGGUUUCACUGCAUCUCCAAGGCUCCGGAAGGAUAUGACCCUCUCAGCUUCGCUAUGAAGGGCAUACCAUACCUAGGCUUUCAUGUCGCGAUGUACCGAAUGGGGGAGGAACUCGAGUAUCCAGAGUUAAUGGACAUUGCAUUCUCCAAGAUGGUGGAGCAAAUAAUCUUCAAGCGCCGGAGCACCACUAGGGAUCUCAUGGAGAUGGUGGACCUUGUGUACAACCUCAAGUUUUGCAACGACAAAGAUAAUAGGCUUGCGGCCCUAGUUGUUGCGGCUGUUGUGCUCUACGAGCGUAAAGUCUGGACGCAAGCGCAACUUAUAGAGUUUGAGGAGGGUGUUAGAGCAGUGUCGCGGUUCAUGGUGGACUGGGAUAACACUGUCAACAGACACCGGCAGAUUCUGGAACGUGAGCAGACCAUGGGGCCAAAACGGAAGACGAGAAGGACUUCUAAUGGGCACGACCGGCAGUAA